AUGUCUCUCCUGAAAAUUACUCAUGGAUCGUUUAAUCAAUCCCAUUCUAUGUUCGGCGAAAGUGCUGGAAAACAGUGUGCAUGUUGUAGCUUGUAUGCAGUUUCUUUUUCAACUAGAGUAAAGUCCCCAGGUAAUUGGAAUGUUAAUGAUAUUGAUUUUAUCAUUACAGAAGCAGAUAAACUAUACAAAUCUCUCAAUAAAAACACAUACCUUACGGUACCUGAUCUACCAAACAGUGUGCCUAUAUUUGGAUCUAAUGUUACAAUUACUUAUUUAGAUAAAGAAUAUGGUCUUUUAAGUAGCUAUUCUAUUCCGCGCUUUUUGUCAAAUUUGAAUAACUCAAUUGGAGACGGGUUACUUUUUUUCGUGAAAUUUAUUUGUGUUGCGAUACUCCCUAAAAAGAACUGUGUCUACUUGUUUGAUUCUCAUAGCAGAAAUAACUGCGGUCAGCCAACACCUGAUGGUUUUUCUUCUUUAAUGAAAUUCCAAAGAAAGAGAGAUUUAGAAAUAUACCUUCAUACAACCUACAUUGAUCUAACGACAGUUGAUGAGCCAUAUGAAUUACAAUACAUAAGUAUUGAUUCAGAUGAAGAAGUAAGUCUUUCUCGACUAUAUUCUAACAAAGUCAAUAGAGAAAAGAGUCGUUUACGCAUGGCAACGGAAGCCAACAAGGAAAAAUGUAAAAUAAGACAUGCAACUGAUACCAACAAGGAGAAAGCUAAAAAGCAGCAUGCAACUGAGGAGAAUAAGCAAAAAGCUAAAAAACAGCAAGCAACAGAACACAGCAGGGAUCAAUCUAGAAAACGAAAGGCAACUGUUUCCAAUAAGGAGAAAGCAAAUACAUAUAACAAUGCUGAUGCUAAGCGCAAACAAAAAAGUGCUAAAACAAUAAAUGAUUGCAUUUUAAAUUUCCAGAAAGCUAUUCAGAAUGGCCCCUACUAUGUCUGCAUAGUUUGUAAUAGGAGCCUUUACAAGAAAACUGUAAAAUUAUUUAGCAAAAACAAUUAUGAAGUAAGUUUAUACUAUGUGUUUACAGAUGUUCUAUGCUUUGAUUCUCAUGCUUACAUUUGCAUAACUUGCGAUAAGUAUUUAAAAAAAGCUGAGAUACCCCCGCAGGCUGUUUGGAAUAAGUUAAAUAUUGUUGAUCUUCCUAAUGAAAUUCAAUGUUUAAACAGACUUGAGCAAAUUCUGAUUUCAAAAAGAAUAUUAUUUAAAAAAAUAGCUGUUAUGCCUAAAGGUCAACAACAAAAGAUAAAAGGUGCUAUUUGCAAUGUUCCUAUUCAAGUAGAAGCCGUUAAUAACUGUCUUCCUCAGGGUAUAGAUAGUAGUGGUGUAUUGUUUGUUAAACUGAAGAGAAAAUUGGCUUAUCGAGGCCAUGUUGUGUUUCAAAGUGUACGUCCUGAGCUUUUAAACGAAGCCCUACAAUAUUUGAAAAAUUUCAAUUCCUUUUACUCAGAUGUGCUGAUAAGAAUGGAUAAUAUAACCCAGGAAUUUUUAAGUUUAUGUGAUACAGAUGCUAUGGUUGACACAAAUGAAUUUUCAGUAACAGUUGACAUUGAUGAUGACAAUUUAGAAGCUGAAAACCCCCUAAGUAUGAAUUGUGCAAGUAGCGAUGAAAUGUGUGUUAUACCAAAUUUCCAAAAUCCAGAUGAUGAGGUUUUAGAUAUUGCUCCUGGUGAGAAUAAACAACCACAAUCUUUUUUUUCUGACCAAUACUGUGAGGAGCUUGCAUUUCCCUUUUUAUUUCCCACUGGAAAAUUUGGGUAUAAGGUUGCUAGACCAGUGUACUUGACAGCGACAAAAUAUUUCAACCAGCGUUUGUUAAAUUUUUCCCAGCGCUUUUCUUCAAAUGCUGAUUAUAUAUUUUUUGCUCAUUAUGUAAUGCAACAGUCAAAUUUGUUUAAUCAAAUAAAUAUUGCAACGAAAAAGGUAAAGGGCACAAUAACGGCUGGGCAGUUGCAAAUUAAUUUUCAUGAAACAGUUCGUUCUUUUAUUUGUGAAGGUCAAGGUUACCAAUUUAUGAACUCUAUUAAAGGAACACCUGCUUAUUGGAAACAUUUUCUUUACGAUGUUUUAGCAAUGGUUAAACAGUUAGGAUUGCCAUCAUACUUCCUUACUCUGUCAUGUGCAGAUUUGAGAUGGGAUGAACUGGUAGUGAUAAUAGGAAAAUUGAAUAACAUUGAUGUUAGCAGUAACGAAUUGGAUUAUUUUAGACGUUGUAGUAUUCUUAAUCAAAACCCAGUUUUAACUGCAAGGCACUUUCAAUACAGAGUAGAGAAUUUCUUUAGAGAAAUUUUGCUUCAUAAGAGUAGUCCUAUUGGCCAAGUAGCUAAUUAUGCUAUUAAAGUCGAAUUUCAGUUUAGAGGUUCACCCCACAUCCAUGCUUUUCUUUGGUUGUUAGAUUCACCAACUCUUACAAACGAAACCACAGACAGUUACACAUCUUUUGUUGAUAAUACAAUACGCGCAGACCUCCCUGAUCCAUUAAUUGAGCCUGAAUUACACAACCUUGUCUCUCAAUAUCAAAUCCACUCUCAUUCAAAUUCUUGUCGCAAAUACAAGAACAUUCCAUGUCGUUUUAAUUAUGGACGUUUCUUUACUGAUCGAACAGUUAUAGCCAGUCCAUUACCAGAGAAUAUGUCUGAUUCUGAAAAAUUGAGUUUAUUAUCAGAAAGAACUAAAGUAUUAAAGAAAGUCAAAUUAUUUAUCGAUGAAAAUUUAGACCCUAGUAAGCCUAACUACUUGAGCGACAGCUGCAAGUCCAUACCAGAGAUUUUAUUGGAACUUCACAUAUCAGAAGUUGACUAUUAUAGGGUUUUAGCAAUAUCUCCAAAUCAAGACUUUGAAAUAUACUAUCAUCGACCACCAAAUUCAUGUUUUGUAAAUAAUUACUUUGCAGCAGGACUUUUAGCUUGGAAAGCCAAUUUGGACUUGCAGCCUGUGUUCAAUUAUUAUAAAGCAGUGUCAUAUAUGUGUUCUUAUUUCUCUAAAUCGGAAAAUGAGUCAUCUCUUGCAAUGAAAAAGGCAGCUGAAGAGUCUGAAAAUUUAAACUUGCCAGAUCGUAUGAGAAAAUUAGCCUUAGCAUUUUUAUCACACCGCCAAUGUUCAUUACAGGAAGCUGUUUAUCAGGUAUUGCCAGAGUUAUGGUUACGUAAAUGUUUCCCAGGAAUUGUGUUUGCUAAUACAAAUUUGCCUGAUAAAAGAUACAGAGUUUGUAAAUCUGAAGAAGAAUUAGAAGAAUUGCCUCCAGAUAGUACAGAUGUUUUUAAGCGCAAUAGUUUAGAUCGAUACAUGGAUCGACCCAAUGUUACAUUUAAGCGUGGUCAAUAUUAUAUGAUUAACAAUUUAUGUUUUGCUGAAUUUCUUGCGUAUUAUGUGCUGGACACAAGUAAAAAGCUUGACAUAGUAAAUGAUUAUCAACCAGAGGUUCUUUUAGAUGAUGAUGAAAUUUGUAAUCCCUUAUUGCGUUUACCUAAGUCUGUUCCUCUGAUGUCUUCCAAAGAAAAAUUGAAACGGAGAAAUAAAAAGCGUGUUGUCCGUUAUCAUACUCCUAAUCCAGUUAAUAAAGCGGAAGAGUAUGCCCACCAUUUGUUGAUGUUAUUUUACCCCUUCAGAAAGGAAUCUGAUUUACUUAGCGAAGUUGGAAAUUCUUAUGUUGUUAAACUUAAUGAUCCUGAGGUUCUGAGCAUUGUUAAUGAGAACAAGGCUAGAUUUGAACCAUGGGGUGAUAUGGUAAAUAAUGUUUUAAUGAAUGCUGAUUUUUCACCUCGAACUGAUCAAUUUGCGCAACAAGAGAAUGACAAUGUUGAGGAAAAUGUAGUUAGGGAUAAUGAAUAUCAAGGUGAACAAGCUCAAGGUUUAAAUGCUGCAGCUUCUUCGAAUGCAGGGCACACAUCAACACAGAUUAAUUUAAUGUCAGAUGAUAGUAUUAAUGAAUUAAUACGUAGUUUAAACGAAAAACAACGUUUUCUUUUUGACGUAAUUAAUAGAUGGGCCCGAAGGUCUUCAUGCAUUGAAAAACCAAAUUUGCUUUUGCUUGCACCGACAGGUGUUGCAGCAGUGAAUAUCAAUGGAACCACAAUACAUUCAGCUUUAGGAAUUUCUGUAGAGUCUCGUGGGUUAACCCUUCACAAGCUUCCAGAUAAAAAGAGAUGUAAAUUAAGGCAAGAGCUAUCAGAUGUUAAAGGUAUCAUUAUUGAUGAAAUAUCUAUGGUAUCCAAUAAGUUACUGUUGUAUGUGCAUCAAAGGUUAAUAGAAAUAUUUGGAUGUGUUUCUGAUUUUUCAAAACCAUUUGCUGGCUUAACAAUAAUUUUAGUGGGUGAUUUGCAUCAAUUACCCCCCGUAAUGCAAAAACCAAUUUAUGCAGAAUUCAGCGAUGAAUUGUAUAACAUUUAUCCACUAUGGCGAAACUUUCAGAUGUGUGAAUUGACUGAAGUUAUGAGACAACGGGGUGAUACUGUUCUAAUUGACCUACUAAAUAAUGUUAGGCUAGGAACUCUAUCUUCACAGGAUGAACAUCUCAUCCGUUCACGAUUCAUUGAUGAAAAUAGUAAACACUACCCAAUAAAUGCAUUGCAUAUUUAUGCAGAAAAUGAGCCAGCUAGAGUUCAUAAUGCAAGAUUGUUAAAUAGUUUAAACAGCGCUUUGAUAACAAUAGAUGCCAUUGAUCAAGUUCCGAAAGAAGUCCCUUCUCAUGUUUAUGAAAGAAUUCAAAACUUAAGCCAAUCAAGAACUGGUGGAUUAGCUUUCCAGUUAUCUUUAAAGAUAGGUGCUAAGGCAAUGUUGACAUCUAAUAUUGACAUUCCUGAUAAGCUAAUAAAUGGUCAAAUUGGUACAAUAGUCCAUGUUGUAGCGCAAAAUGAUUCAAUUAAAACCAUUUAUGUUGAAUUUGACAAUCUAAAUGUUGGAACAAGUAAAAUACGUUCAGACAGACUUGCACAACAAUUAAAUGCAGUACCAAUUGAUCGAGUGACUACCGAAAUAAGAACAAACGAGAAAAAACUUUCCUCUCCGGUCAUUAAACGUACCCAAUUUCCUUUAAUGUUAUCAUGGGCUUGUACUGUACACAAAGUUCAAGGCCUAAGUUUACAAGAGGUUGUCAUUAGUUUUAAUUUGCUGAAACAGAGAUCAUUCAAUAAUGGACAGAUGUAUGUAGCUCUCAGCCGUGUAACGUCUUUGCAAGGGCUCCACUUAAUAGGGGUGUUCAAGUCCAGUGCCAUCAAUGUUGACGACAAAGCUAAAAAAGAAUAUCAGUAUUUAAGAGAAAAUCAAAGUUUAAGUUUUACAACAGAUUUGGUGGCAAAGGAAUCUGAACAUAGCAUAUUGUCUUUAGUUGUUUGUAAUGUAAGAUCAUUGCGUAAGCAUUGCAAAGAUUUAUCUUGUGAUAAAACACUUUCAUCUAGUGAUAUUAUUCUCUGCACUGAAACGCAACUGACAAAUACUGAAAAUUUAACAGAUAUCAUGAUUGAUGGUUUUAAAUUGACGUGUAAUAAUGAUAAUGAACACAGAUUUUCUAGCUUAGCAAUGUAUUACAAAAACAAAAUUGAAUUACUAGAUCAUUUCAAAAUUAAUGGUUUUUCUGUUUUAGAAGUUUUAAAUAGCCAUAAUCUUCCAUUGAAAAUUAAAAUAUUGUUAUUGUACAAAAAAAAAGAUAUGCUAGUUGGACAAUUUUUAGAAACUCUAGGCUACCUUUCUGUGUCUAUGAACAUUGAUAUUGUUGUUGGUGAUUUUAAUCUAAAACCAAAUGCACUGCUAGAACAAACGCUUAAUGGUUAUGAACAGGUUGUUUCAGAACCAACGCAUUUAGGGGGGUCGAUACUAGAUCAUGUAUACAUAAAAAAAUCGUUAUUAGAACAGUUUCUUGUUUAUGUGAGUGUAAAAAGUUUGUUCUUUACUGACCAUGAGGCCAUUACAAUUUCUCUUAGAAAUAAAUAGAUUUACAAGAUUCUGGGGGAGGGUGUUGUGGGAUGGUGGUUUUGAGUUUAGGUUUUGCACUGACAAUUACAUAGGGCUUAAAAUAACGGGCGGUCGUCACUGCAAAGAAGAGGCUUUUCAGAGCAUUUUCAGUCCACAAGAUGGCCUCGCCUUUUUGGAAAUGCUCUGAAAAGUGAAAUGCUCUGAAAAGUCUUUUCUCCACAGUGAUGACGUCCUGUUAUUUUAAUAAGCCCUGAAGUAGUCAAGUAAGGAUUCGAAAUAAAUAAAUAAUAUGAUGUGAUUGUGGAAAUAAGAGUGAGUGUCUGCUCAACACUUUUUGAGACAUUGAUUUCAAAGCACUUUUUUGUUUUACCACCACCUACAAUGAGAGGCUACUUACUUUAUAUGUGUAGAGAUAUGCAUGGCAUUGAUAAAAAUAAUGCUAAUGUUGAUUUUAUUUUGUGAUACUGUAUAGUUCAUUGUAAUGUUUAUUCUCUUUCUAAUUUAAAGUAAGUAAUAAGCCUUCUAAUUGUUUUUACAAUAAUUAUGUAUUUUUCGUUUAUAAAACUCUCGAUAACUAGAACUCUGAAGGAGUAUUUGGGUUAUUGAGAGGGAGUUGCACUGUGGGACCAUCCAUUUAGUACGUACGCAUCUAAGUGGGGAGGGGAUCUGAUAAAUGCGUACAUCUAUUGUUUGAAUGACAUCACUUCUAUUAUUUUCUGCGUACUAUGGGGGGAGGGUUUUUUUUUGCGUAUAUACUUUGUGGAUGCUCCUUAUAUUAAAUUACUUUUUAGUAUAUGUAUUUGAAUGUUAUUAGAAAAUCUUUGUAGAAAUUCUCCAACGAUAUACAAAUCUAAUAGACAAUUGAAAUAAUAAUAACAUUCACUUCGAAAUGGCAAUAGACUUUUAACUCACGUAUCUCAAAGAAUUGGAUAACGAAACUUAAAACUGAAAUCCACUUUGAAAUAAAUGUUGCUGGUUUUCAAAUUGAAACUGUUGAAAUUGUCAAAUUGAAAGUGCUGUUUCGAAUUAAAAGAUUUUGUUAUAUGGAUAUACCUACACAAUGUUGUCAUUGGAUAACCAUACCUUACACAAAGCAAUGUUUCCUAGUUAAAGAUAUGAUUAAUCAAUAAUACAAAAACAAGUAUUCCAGCUCUGUGUGAUAGCUAAACGAAGCCACCAUCUUCAUAAUUCUACCUGCCAAGUGGUUUGUGUAUUGUUUCAUUGAUACCUGGUGAAGAAGGUCUAUGUGAUAUUUAUUAUAGUAGAAGAUGUCAUUAAGACGACAACGCUUCGUUUUAUUUCGUGAGUUGAUGAAAAGAGAAAUUUACCGCAGCAAUUUUAUACAAAAUAAACGUACUCGGGAGUAAAAUAUAAAGCAUACACUACUUCCAUAUAAUCUAUUUACUGGAAAUCAGACUGUUUUGUCCGGCAAUUUUUCCUAUGCCAAAUUCAAUUAAAGCUCAAGGAAAUGCAAGAGAAAGGAAUCGGCAAGGAGUCUGUUCUCACUGUUUUAUUUUCAUGUUUAAAUUUUAUUCUUACGAAAACCUAUGAACAAUUGUAAUUGCGUUUUCUUUUGUUAAAUCUAUGAAAGCUAAAAUCCGCACAA